AUGUCCUCCACCCCCCCAUCACCCGGCCUCUCACGCACCGGGAGCACCUCCGCCUUCGGCGAAGACUACUUCCCUCCCGUCGAACGACUGACCGUCUUCGACAUCAUCGAGAAUCUCGCCCUGCCGCAACGGCUGCAGAGCUCGUUCGAGGUGCUGACGCCGCACGAGCUCGGUCGGCGGUCGCAGGCGCGGUUCAAGACGACGGGGCUGAUUGCGCGGGAUAAGGUGGACGAAUGGCGGAAGCGGAUCCCCGGCACGGCGCCGGAUGAGCUGGAGCGGUAUCGACGGCGGAUGCGGGAUCAGGUGGAGCGGUUGAGUCGGCGGUGGAACGACUCGAAGACGAUCACGAUGCGGGAGAAGGUAUCGUUUAUCGGGGCGGUGUUGAAUAUCUUUAUGUCGGGGUACUUGCUCGGGGCGUGGCCGGAGUGGUUCCAUGUGUGGUAUACGGUGCAGCUGGUGUAUUAUCUGCCCAUUCGGUUCUAUACGUACCGGAAGAGGGAGUUUCAUUAUUUCCUGGUGGACUUGUGCUACUUCGUGAACCUGUUGGUCGUAUUUAGCAUCUGGGUCUUCCCGAAUAGUCGACGGUUGAUGAUUAGCACGUUCUGCCUGGCUUUUGGGAACAACGCCAUCGCCAUCGCGAUGUGGCGAAACUCUCUUGUCUUCCACUCCCUCGAGAAGGUCACCACUCUCUUCAUCCACAUCAUGCCCUGCGUCACCCUCCACUGCCUCGUCCACCUCUACCCCCGCGCCCUCCUCCCCGCCCGCUUCCCCGCUAUCCACGCCCUCCUCUCCGCCCCGCACUCUCCCUCCCUCUCCUCUAUGAUAGGCUGGGCCUCCGUCCCCUACUUCUUCUGGCAACUUAACUACCACCUCUUCAUCACCGUGCGCCGCAAGGCCAAGAUCGCCGCGGGGCGCCCCACCUCCUUCACCUGGCUGCGGCGCUCGUUCGCGGACACGUGGAUCGGUCGCAUCGUGCUCGCGCUGCCCGAGCCGCUGCAGGAACCCGCGUUCAUGGGCAUCCAGUACGCGUACGCCCUGUUAACCAUGAUGCCGUGCCCGCUAUGGUUCCGCUCCCGCGCGGCCAGCGUCGCCUUCCUCACCGCCGUGUUCAGCUGGAGCAUCUACAACGGCGCGACGUAUUACAUUGACGUGUUCGGGCGGCGGUUUCAGAAGCAGCUGGAGGCGCUAAGGAAGGAGGUGGAGCGGCAGGGGCCGCCGGGUGGUACGGCGCCGUUGCCAGACAACCAUGGCGGGGUGUUGAAGUCGGGGGAAGAGGGGAAGGGGGAGACGGCCGAGUCGGUUACCUCGGAUUUUGCGGACGCGACGGGCGCGGCGCCGGGGCCGGAGAGCUUGGAGGCGGCGAAUGCGAUGAUGGUUGGGGAGCAGGGGGAGCAACACGAGGCGGAGAGUAUUAAGAGCUUGGAGAAUCUGCCGUUGCUUGGGGGCGGAGGGUCCGGGGCGAGGUUGGUUGGAGAGGGUGGGGAUGGAGAGUUGAGAGAGAGGAAGUGA